UCCAACUUCAACCAUCUUUUUUUACUGUCGCCCUUAGUCCGCUUCUGUCCUUGGUCAUCAAUAUUGGAUCCCUAAAAAAAUGUAUGAUGACUUCUAUAUUCUUUUAACACAUAACAUGGUACAGGUACAGGUCUGGUAUAUACCGUCGCUCCCUUAACCUCGAUUUCUAGUCGUAACGCUUUUAGGCGUCUCCCAACUCAUCUUCCGCCUCUUCCUCUCAUCACCUCAUCACCAAACUUCACCACCGAGUCCCCCAUACAUCACCUAUUGGCCCAUUCAAUGCUGCUCCUUGAUCACUGCUCAUCCUCGUAUGAAUUUCGCAAGGAAACUCUGUGACGUCCCAUAUUUUAUUAUUCCUCCGGAUCGAAAAUAUACCGGGUCCUCUAUGAAACUAGAGAGAGAUAUCGGCAAAAGCUAUUCAUGCUUUGUAAUAAAACACUCAAUACACUCAAUCCUCAGCUCCGCCUUCAAUCCUCGCAGUCCAGCACACGAUAGGCCUGCACGCUUGAUUUCACUAAAGUCAUUUCCCAUUCCACACGCUGUUCCUUGUUUAUCUUGUCUCUCGUUACGUUACGGGUAGAUGUAACUAGCUAGACCAAGCGCAUCCAAGUCUCUUAAAAAUACAAGUUUCCAAUAAAUCUCCUCUUAAGACAGGAAACCCGGCACACAUUUCCAACCUAGCCAUUGUAGUUAGACAACAAUAUCUUUCAUGUCCUCUAUACAAGCCAACUCGAUCCCACCAAACUUACCUUCGUCUCAUUCCUCCGAUAGCCCGACCUCUGACUCUCGUGCCGAGGUGGAAGAUGGUAUAGUUCCUAACCCUGCCGGUACUGAGCAUCCUUCGGUCGCUUCCGAAUUGCUCCUCAACGCCGUCAGGGAUGUCAGAGAUAUAAUAAGACUCGUUCAAUGUCAAGCAUGCUCCAGGAUUUUACGGGAACCAACAACUCUACCGUGUGGCCAUAGUCUCUGCAGGCAGUGUGUGCCCCAGACACACGUACGGACUAAUAUAUCUUGGCCAGCGACCGAUAAUCGGCUUCGCGGCUUCGGAUGCCCUUUCAGCGACUGCGGCAAGGAACAUGCUCUUGGGGACUGUGGUACCGAUGUCACAUUAAAUAAGGCUUUGGCCAUUUUUGAGACUAUCGUUGAGCAAGAUCAAGACAUCACUGGGCUUUCUAGCAUUUCCACACAUAUUACUGUGCAAGACCAGUGGGAUAUAGCCGGGAUUCCUUCUCUCGCGAAGAAGGAAAACGAACCUAAUGUGCUGAAGGGGGGCCAUAUUGUAGCGACUUAUUCACUGGCAGAACUCGGCAAACUCGAUUAUAGCAGCGAGGUAUCUUAUUCUUCUGUUAGCGCAAGUGUAGGGAACGAUGCGGUUAGGCAGAUUGACACGGCCGUGCUGGCACGGUUGAAGGAAUCUGUUAGGACAGAAAUGGAUUGUCAAGUCUGUUACGCAUUAUUCCUGGAUCCGUUAACGACAACCUGCGGACACACGUUCUGUCGGGGUUGCCUCCAUCGCAUUCUGGAUCACUCAGAUCUUUGCCCGGUAUGCAGGCGUAAACUGUCGAUACAACCUCAGGCCAAUCAACAAUCUUACCCGUCAAACAAACGCCUCUGCAAGAUUAUCAAUGGGUUCUGGGCCGACCUGGUGGCGCUCCGCUCACAAGCCUAUAGGCUUGAACAACAGGCCAAUCACAGCGGAUUCGAUACUGCGCUUUUCGUAUGUACGCUGUCGUUUCCGCGUAUGCCAACAUUCUUACAUGUUUUCGAGCCACGAUAUCAGCUGAUGAUCCGCCGGGCCAUGGACAACGAUCGGACUUUUGGGAUGGUGCUCCGCAAACCGUCUCAAUCUCGCUUCUCCAUCGACCCUGAAGAUGAUGCUGAUUUUAUGGAGCUCGGGACCUUACUUCGUAUCGUCAACAUCGAGUUUUUCCCGGAUGGGCGGAGUCUCUUGGAAACGGUGGGCCUUUUCCGCUUUCGAGUAACUGGUCGUAGGUGGUUGGAUGGGUAUAUUGUCGGGAAUAUCGAAAAGAUAGACGACAUCAGCGUGGCGGAAGAGGAGGCCAUGGAAGCAUCAGAAACGAUGCGCUCUCAUGAAAAUCGAGAGAUAACUAUGGCGCCCCCGAGUCCAGAUAUGGUAUAUCUAGAGCAGUCUUUACCCACUCGCUCUCGCGCGGUAUCUAUAUCAUUGGCAGAUCUGGAGACUAUGUCGACUAGGGAGCUAGGAGAUCUAGGCGUCGACUUCGUUAGGAGAAUGCGAGCAGAAAGCGUCGAAUGGCUUACAGCACGAGCCCUGGCUAUCUAUGGCGAAUGUCCGACAGAUCUAGCCAUCUUCCCAUGGUGGCUUGCCAGCAUCUUGCCACUUAAGGCUGACGAAAGAUAUAAGUUGCUGGAAACUUCGAGCGUACGUGAACGUUUAAAGAUGUGUUGUCGUUGGGCCAUAGAAUGGGAAGCCAGAAGACGGUCUCUCUCCGAUUGUCGUGUCUUGUGACAAGCUGUCAAGUUCGAAUACGUUGUAUCACGACCUCCGCUGGGUUAAAAUAAUCGGCUAGGAAGUAUCCAGUUGCGAAUUGGAGAGAAGAUCCAAAUCGUUACGAUUAGGGAGGGGUUAACAUUAGAACUUUCACUAUCUCUGCUGUUUAGCAUCACAUCGUCAUAUCAUCAUCGUCGUCGUCAUUAUCAUAUUAGUGAUACCAUUAAAGCGCUAUAGCAUUGCGGUCAACCAGAUCUGAGGAGUUUAUCUAUUUAUUCGUACGCAACACUAUACCAUGCAUACCUACUCUAGAUACAUACUAUGCAGUUUAUCAUUAGAAGGCUUGUUGAACGAGGAUGCGG